ACGAAGGAUCAAUUGGUUGCAUGCAUACCACGAUAGUAUAAAAGGACUUGUUUCGCAGGUCGAUGGGUAAAAAUCAAUUGUUCCUUGAUCAUUGAAAAGUGACACUAUGAAGCCUUUCCACGACUCUAGCCUGGCCGCAUGGCUCACCCUCUUGUUGGUGCCGCUCCGGAUUAACGCUCAAAGAGGACGGGAGUGGAUUUCAUCUCUAGCGUUGACUACAAAGUAUCAUCUCUCUAACACAGUUGUGCAUAGACUAGACUUCACCCUACGCUUUUUCGAAACCAGUCAAGACGACACAUGCAGUUACGCCAACUCAAGCAACGCUCUCACUUGUACCACAAGAGAUGUCCCAAGAGUCAAUCACUGUUUCAAUCUUGUAGACCUCUUCGACGGCAAUGCUACUGAAGGCUUUGUGAACCAGACACGUAAUCCCUACGCCCCUGUCGAAGGGGUCCGCUGCAAUGUACAGAACUCCGAAAUGUUCAAUCCUGAAGCCAACUACUCUUCCAUUCUCUACUGCCAAUACCAGCUACACCAAUCGGACAAUAAAGACCUUGAGUCGGGUCAUACAGCCAGACGAGGGGUAAGUAUAUAUCCAGGUCAGGACUGUCGAGAUCUGGCUCCAGAUGGCAAGGUCAAGAGGUGGUAUGGAUUCAGUUGCUAGAGUGAGUCAGAGGGCGGUUGCGGAACCACACCUUAUUCUAUCGCUAGUUUCCUGCUUUAUCCUCCGCCUGACUCUAGUGAGGACGACAAGGAGUGCGUGGAGUUCUCACAGAGUGGUCUACUAAGUGCUGCCACUGGCUUGCGGAGCCCAUGGAUAGGAUAUAACGUGUUGGUGACUGUGGUGAUGGCUGCCUGGAUGGUCAUGUAAGGGACUAGCGGCUGCAGAAGUAGAAUUGCAAUGUGGAGCUUGG